AUGUGUCCCAUGAUGCUCAACAGCCUUUCCGAUGGCCCUGCCAUGGUCCUGUCCCCUCCCCAGGAACACGCCUUCCUUCAGUUCCCUCGCCACUCUAGGCUUGGUACCGUCUCCCAAAACUCAAGCUCGUUUUUCUCGAGUGGUCCAAGCACCUCAUUUGGCGCAAAGCUCGCUGCAUCCGGGCCUGUCAAUGGAAAGCCAUCGCGCAAAAGAUCGCGUGAUGAAGCGGCGUUCGAAGAAGCUAUGAAUGCCCCCAGUGUGCCCUCCAUGCCCGCGCCAGCUCCUGUAAAGAAAGAGGAGCCCAUCUAUGGAGAAGGCAUGGUUCUUCUGAAUCCAAGAACCGGGCUGGUUCUCUCCGCAGAAACCCAGACAGGCACCUGGUACGAAGAAACGCUGGAGAGCACUGCUGCUUCUGCACCAUCUGUCUCGUCGCAUUCUCAGGCGUUUCAGUCCAGCCAGUCGAAUAUCUCUGGCCGGAAGUCUCAACGUCUCGAUCCCUCCGCUCCAAGACUUGACGAUAUCGCACUUUCGUCAAUGCAGCGGUUGCAGGACAGCGGCAAAGAUGACAACCGCCGCCUCCUUGACGCCACAAAUCGUUCGCCUGAUGAGCCGCUAGUUGACGACGCCACCCGCCUUCUCGGUAUCAGCUGGCAACGUAUUACAUUUGACGGCGAUGGCGACAUGGCAGCCGCAGUGCGCGGCUGGAAGAAAUACAUCGAUAAACAAUAUUCUGCGUAUCUCCUAGACUCUCAAAUACUUAUGAAGAAUCGAGCCUUGAACGCUUACCUCGUGACUGCACGACCUGUCACGCCUUUUGGACCAGCAAACUCCAAUGCCUUUUUCUUGUUCAACGACGAUCUCACCCAGGCUCAGCUGGUGGCAUCCGCUUGGGACACCUGCAUUCAAAACCUCCGGUCGAAUCCCAUUAUCUUCGAAGGGGCUCAGAUCCUGAAUGCCUCGCACCGAUCAGUCAAUAAUGCAUCCCUUCAAACACAGAAUAUCCUCGGCGCAAACCCCGCAGACGCCGGCCUUCCUCUCUUACAAACCCUCUCGGCACAGCCCGUCAGCAGUGGCGCGAGCGUUGGGCUGAACGGCAGCGUAGGAAUGGGGACGGGCAUGGACAUCGACGCGUAA